GUUUAACUUUUCGUUGCGUGAGUUCGAGUUUGAAGUUCAGUGAAAAAAGUUUGUGCGGCGGACAAUAAAACAUAAAUAAAUAAAAGAACCGUGUUGGACUGCGCUAUACGAAAACCAUAAACAAUUCGAAUACCUAGUGUAAAGAGUAAAACUAAAGAGAAUUAAAACAAGUUUUGUGGCUAUCUGGAAAAAAAGUAAAACAAAAAAAAUAUUAUAAACUUCAACCGUAAAUAUUCGUUGAAGAAAAAAAAAAUAAAAUUAACAAUUAAACGUUGUCGGUUUUUUGUUGUUACUGUUGCAUUGUUGCUCUCUGAGGUAGAAAAGCAGAACAUAGCGUCGUCACAUCUGCAAAACGUGAGCUCAGAAUAUAUCGCGUGUGAGUGUUAACGAAAUUCCCGAAAAUACGAAAACACAACCGCAACAACAAAGAAAGAUACUUUUUUGCCGACAAUCCAGUUAUUGUUGUUUUUGUCUCCUUAAUAGUCGCGGUCGCCACCCCAUCUCCUCCUCACCUCAUCAAACAACGACGCGUCCGCAUCUACCUCCAUUAUUUAUAAAACAAUAAAGGAGGAGGAAAUUUUUUUUGUAACUACGACGCUGCUGCCUUACUGGAAGUGCGCUCAUUUCGCUUUCUGACGAGUUUUAAAGUUAUUUCGAAAUCGGUAGUAGUUUUGUUCGCUGUCUGUCGCUGGUGUGUGUGUGUAUGCGGAUAAUAAUGGCUUGAUUUUUGCCAAAGCUGAGAAAGCAAAGUUGGAUAGAUGAAUAAACCUUGUAAUAAUGAAUCACAUAACCGCCAAAUAAUUCCAUUAAAGUGGGCAACAAUUGGGAACAUUGCGACGACAGACCGACAGACACACACGAAAGCACACAUAAUUCUAAAUUGAAAUUGAGUUUUUGUUUUGUUUUUGCUCUCAAAUUGUAACGACAUACAGCAUUCCAAACAAAAUAUAGUCCCCCUUUUUAUUCGGUUAAUUACAACUACCCCAAAAAAGCGAAAUCCACAAAAUUAAAUAAUGGAUCCAACAACAGCAUACGAUGACAGACCGAUCAGCAUGUAUGACAAUCUGAAUAUGACCAAUAAUGUUAAUACGACGAGCACACCUAAAACCAAACUAAACGAACCGGUGACGAUGUCGCCGUCGUCAACGUCAACGUCGACGUCGAAAACAAAUGGAGCAGCACAUUCGUCACCCUUUACCGAUAUAACGUUUAAGUUUAACGACAACAAUAACACGAAUGGUACCCCUCUGCUGAAUGGUCGAAAUCGGAACUUGAAUGAAAUGCCACCCAAUGCAAUGACCGCUCUAUACUCUACCCCAUAUAAAAUGGCCAAUACACCGUCAAUAACCAAACCAGCCAUAAUAACAACUACCACUGCAUCACCACCACCUCAAUAUGCGCCUUCUCUAGCAGCAUCAGAAGCCAGUAUAGGAAAUACAUUCACAACGUCAUUAUCACCAUCAGCUGCUGCUGCGACAGCAACAACAACGUCAUCAUCGCCAGCACCAGCACAACUCCUUGCACCGCCCAUUGCCGCUCUAGCCGAGGCGACAACAGCAAAUAAUUCAACAAUCAAUGCCAGCCGACUCAAUGAACGGCCGCUUAGUCAACAUUCGCAAUUCGAGCUAAACGAAACAAUUCACAGUAUUGCUGCAGUGAAAGCUGCACUCAACGAAGCCAAGUCGAAAUUUUUUGGCAUCAACGGUUAUGGGCCACAGCAUCAGCCAUUUGUUGAUCCGCACGAAUCUCAGAGACAAAAUCUACUAUCGUCGUCAGCGGCCACACAACCGGUAGUGGUACAGCAAAAGCCCCAACCCAAAUACCAGAAUAUACCCGAAAAUAGUGCACUGUUUCGUACACCAACUGCCAAUGUGGCUCCGGAAUUGCCGCCAAAACCGAUUGAAUAUCAAAAUUUGAAUAAAACACCCACACCGCCGAACAAGAAUCCAUCAUCAUCGAUCAACAACAAUAGUCCAGUGGAUCCGCAUCAUCAGCUUAGUCGUAAAAUGCCAGACGGUACAAUUUAUAAUCAGAUAUCGUUAAACGAUCUCGAUGGUGGUCGAUCGCAGACCGUCUACAUGGCGACAACAGUACCACAAAAUAUUAAAGGUAAUAAAAUCGCUGGACGACAUACACCAACUCGAAGUAGCUUACGGCACAGUCGUAUGCUGGUCGUAAGUAACAAACAUUAUGAGGUAGAAAUCAAACAUCCCAAUCCAAUGGGUUUUCAUCAGCCAAAUCUUGCCCGCUGGCUAUUAAUAUUGCAGAUAAUAAUUGGUAUUCUAUUAAUAAGUCUAUCAGUUUGGAUAUUUGUGCUAUCACCCAAUACACCCAUUCAAGAUAAUCCAUAUUGGUGUGGAUUAGUGCUACUUAUAACCGGUAUUAUAGGUUUAAUAUUAAUACGCUAUCAUCGGAUAAAACGUGAUAAAACUCGAGAACAUUGUUUCAUAUUUUUACGUAUGGAUUCGUAUGUUCUUGCCCUGCUAUCGUUACUGCUAUGCUGUGUGGCUUUAAUAUUUGCUGCCAUACAUUAUAGUCGCAUCACAGCCUCCGAUACAAAAUGUGAAAGUGUACACAUGCUAAUCGAGCAUGGCUCAUGUGUGUGUACCUUUCAUGCUCCUCCGCUCACAAAUAACGCUACCGAAACAUCAUUGACCUCGUCCACGACUGCAGAGGAAACAACAAAUGCCACAGGCCAGGAAAUGGUAGAUAAUAGUUAUAAGUUUGAAUAUCGUGACCUAAGUUGUGACGAAGUCACCGGCCCCUGGACUACAAUACUGGGUCUAUCGUUUAUCAUUAACUCUGUGGGAUUUAUAAUAUCAUUUGUUUACAUGAUUUUAUUGGCUUGCUGUCGCAGUGCCUCGAAACGUUCAUAUACAACCGUCCGUACAAGUACCUUUUAAGUUUAAAUUUAG